GUCCAGCCAGCUGCGAGAUGCCUAGAUGGACAGGGCGAGAGGGGGAGCUCUGUCUCUCUGUCCCUCCCUCUCUACCCUCCCUCCCUUCCUCCCGGCUCUCUGUCUCCCUCCCUCUUUCUCCUCGGAAGCUGAAGAGCCGGUGAGGCGGUGGAAGCAGCAGCUUCAGCAACAGCAGCAGCAGCCACAGCCGCCGAAGCAGUAGCUGCAGUCGCAAGCAGCUCUCUCCUUCCUUCUUUCCCUCCUUUCCUCCCUCCCUCCCGUGUUGUGUGACGUGGGGUGGCAGAGAGAGAGAGAGAGAGAUCAGGAGAGAGACGGUUCUUGGACUUAGACCGAGAAAGGAGCGAACCCUGAGAUCAGGACUCUGGGCUCGGAACUCCAAGACGCCGGGAGCCGAAGGCAGGAAGGGAGGGAGGGAGCGAGCGAGCGAGUGGCGAUCACAGCAGCUCAGCUGAGGCAGAGCCCCUGGGCAGAGAGAUUAAAGGGGGAUCCAGGAUCCGGACAGCCCUCAGGAGCAGCCAGGAGCCAGUAGAGCGCGGGCUCCUGAGCUCUGGGGACCCGAAGGCAGAGAUCCCAGCCUGGGAAACAGGCAGACAGCCGGUAGCCGUCGACAGACGUCAGUCUCCCGCCGGGGAGCUUUGGACCCUGGGACCAACGACGCCGGCAGCCUGGAGAACAGGGAGCUGGCGAGUGAGCGUCCCUUGAUCUAGAUCUAAUCGGAGGAGCAGCACCCCUCACCCCACCUCCCCCACUCAACCCUCUCCAUAUCCCUCCCCGCUUCUGGACGUGGUGGGGGGCAUGUGAGCUGAAAGCCGCGGCAACUGGCGAGAUCAUUCCGAGGGAGAAACCCUGCCCCAGUGAAGGACGGAGCUGGAGCCGGAGCCGGGAGAGUAGAUGUCCAUGAGGAGCCCCAUCUCUCCCCAGCUGGCACUCGAUGGCAUUGGGACCAUGGUGAACUGUACUGUCAAGGCAGAAGAAAAGAAGGAUAUAUGCCAGGAGGCUCCAUCUGGCCAGCAGGUGCCAGCCCCUGCUGCAGAGCCUUUGACCGGAGACCCAGCCCGGCCCCCCCAGGAUGGAGCUGACUCAAGUGGCCCACCCCAGGAUUGCGGGUCCCCAAGAAGUGAUGGGCCCCCAGAACCUAGGAGAUCUGGGCCUGAGCUAGCCACUGGGAGCCAAGAAAAGCUGGAUUUUAAUCGGAACUUGAAAGAAGUUAUGCCAACCAUUGAGAAGCUUCUGUCCAGUGACUGGAGAGAGAGGCUUCUGGGAAGAAGCACUGUGGAAACCAAAGAUGUCAAAGGGACCCAAGAAAGCCUGGCGGAAAAGGAACUUCAGCUCUUGGUCAUGAUUCACCAGCUGUCCACUCUUCGGGACCAGCUUCUGACAGCUCACUCAGAGCAGAAGAAUAUGGCUGCCAUGUUGUUUGAGAAGCAGCAGCAACAGAUGGAGCUAGCCAGGCAGCAGCAAGAGCAAAUAGCAAAACAGCAACAGCAACUCAUUCAGCAACAGCACAAGAUCAACCUCCUCCAGCAGCAAAUCCAGCAGGUCAACAUGCCUUAUGUCAUGAUCCCUGCGUUCCCUCCCAGCCACCAGCCCAUGCCUGUCACCCCUGACUCCCAGCUGGCAUUACCUAUUCAGCCCAUCCCUUGUAAACCAGUGGAGUACCCGCUGCAGCUGCUGCACAGUCCCUCUACCCCUGCUGUGAAGAGGCCUGGGGCCGUCUCUACCCAUCACCCUCUCCAGGAGUCUUCACAGCCUCUGAAUUUGACAGCCAAGCCCAAAGGUCCGGAGCUGCCCAACACUUCCAGCUCCCCCAACCUGAAGAUAAGCUCCUGUGGUCCCCUCCCCGCCAACCACGGGGCUCCCACUCGGGAUCUCCAGGCCAGCCCACCUAGCCUACCCCUAGGCUUUCUGGGUGAGGGUGAUGCUAUCACCAAAGCUAUCCAGGAUGCCCGGCAGCUGCUGCAUGGCCACAGUGCGCCCAUGGAAAGCUCUCCUAAUGCAUCUUUCAGGAAGGACCUCAUCAACCUGGAGUCAUCCCCAGCCAAGGAUCGGCUGGAGGAGAGCUGUGGGCACCAGCUGGAUGAGACCAUACUGAGCUGUGACAUGGAUGGUUCCCGACACUUUCCUGAGUCCCGGAACAACAAUCACAUUAAGAGGCCUAUGAAUGCCUUCAUGGUGUGGGCCAAGGAUGAACGACGAAAGAUCCUUCAGGCCUGUCCUGACAUGCAUAAUUCCAGUAUCAGCAAAAUUCUUGGCUCCCGUUGGAAGUCCAUGACCAACCAGGAGAAGCAGCCAUACUAUGAGGAACAGGCACGACUGAGUCGCCAGCACCUGGAGAAGUAUCCCGAUUAUAAAUAUAAGCCUCGACCCAAGCGCACAUGCAUUGUGGAGGGCAAGCGACUUCGAGUCGGGGAGUACAAAGCUCUGAUGAGGAACCGGCGCCAGGACGCGAGGCAGAAUUACGUGAUCCCCCCACCAGGCAAUCAGAUGCAGAUGAGCUCCCCGGAUGUCCUGUAUCCCAGGGCCCCUGGAAUGCCACUGGCACAGCCCCUUCUGGAGCACUAUGUGCCCCGAAGCCUGGACCCCAGCAUGCCGAUUAUUGUCAACACCCGAAGCCUUAAGGAAGAAAACGAGGGAGCUGAGGACGGGCACUCUGUGGCCGACGGGGAGAUGUUCCGGUACAGUGAGGAAGAAGACUCCGAAGUCGAGGAGAAAAGCGAUGGAGAGUUGGUGGUGCUUACAGACUGAGCUGGGCUUGGGGGCCCCCGCCCUCCUGCUCCCUCCAUGCAUAUCUUUUAAAGGGGGAGGGAGAAGGCUAACAAGGGCUUGUCCCCUGACCCUCUCAGGCACUGCAGCUGAGCUGGACUGUGUAGGUACCUGGACAGGGAUGUGUCCGGGAGAUGGGCACAGUGUGCAUAUGUACAUACAUCUAUGCAGGGGAAAUAGGAGCAGGAAAGGUUGAAUCCUACACCAGGAUGUUUGACCUGGAAGGAGGCAUCCUCUCUUGGGGGGCUUCAGAGCCAACAGGGUUGGUGUGGACUUUAGGAAAACAGGGGGUGCCUAAGUUCCUGGAAAAGGGGAGCUUCAUGGUCUGGCCCAGCUUCCUGUCAUCAACCAAGCAAGACCCUCAGGAGUCCCCUGAUAGUCACACCUCGGAGCUUACUGUAUGACCCUCUCCUCCCUCCCACUUUGGGGUCCUGGUUGCUGCAGUCCUCCCCCCACACCCUCUUUUCUCAUCUCCCUUGAUCUGCUGGGAAGGUGGUAUCUAUUUUCUGUGCUCAUUUUCUCCAUCUGCUCCCCAUCCUCCACUCCGCUCAUAACCCCAUGUCUGGGGUAUCACCCCUCCUCAUUCAUUCUGCAUCAGCUUCCUGCAGGGCUUGUCCCCCCCCGCCCCCCGCCACGGGCUCUUCCCAGGGUCUCUGUCUGCUUGGUGUAAGUGAGCCCAAGGCUGUGUGAGAGUCUCUUGUCCAUCUGCCAUUCUCCUUGACCUCCUCACUCUCUCAUUUCUUCCCACUGGGCUGUCUCUGUCUCGGGGUGUCCAGCGUGUGUAUCAGUGUGUUUGUGUUAGCGUAGGGUGUGUGUGUGUGUGUGUGUGUGUGCGCUCUUGUGGUUCAUGUGUCCCCAUUCUGGGGGAUUCCUGUGUCUCAGGAUUCCUGAGGGGAGGCUCCUUCCGUGCCUCCUCCACCUUUGCUAACUCUGGACAUCUGUCAGUGAGUACCAUUAGACUCCUUGCCUUUUUGUAGCUCUCUGGGUCUCAGGUUCCUUUUCUUUAUGUGUGUGUGUGUGUGUGUGUGUGUGUGUUUCUGUCUCUCUGUCCUGGGUCUGUUUCCUUAUUGAUUUGCUUCUCCCUGGCAGGACGCCCCUACCCUUCUGGAGCCACCCUUUGUGUCUGGACAUCUCUGUGUGUCUGUGGGGCUCAGUGUUAGGAGCUGUCAGCCACCCUGACCUCCUCCCUCUCCCGUUUGCUGACUGCCAGUCCAUUCCCACGGAGCCAUUUUUAGCUCUUGAGACGCAUGAGAACGCAGCCUUUCCAAGGGGCUACCCAGCCCCCCAGCCCUAGGCUGCCCAACUUAGGCCCUGGUUCCCAGCAGAGGGGAGUGAGGGGGGUGGGGGGAAUGGGACCUUCUCCAGUACCCUGGAAGCUGGGGAAACCGACCAAGGCCAGAAAGGCAGGUGCUAAGAGAGACCGAUUACCUGCGUCAUCUGGUCCUGGCUCUGCCUGGUAGACAAGGUCAGUUUGGACAAGGUCGGAAUGAUGGGCAUCAAAGAUUGCCCAAGGUAGCCGAGGCUGCUUCUAGAACUGGCUGGCCCUGCUGGCUGGGAAAGGGAAGGGUAUGUUUGUGUGUGAGUCACUUUGUUUAUCUGGGGGGGAGAUGAGGAGCCUCAGUUGCCCUUUCCCUCCCCUUCUUUCUCUUGGCUACAGUCCUUCCCUAUUCCUUUCUCCACCCUCACCCUCCACCCCCUUGCCAUUGACCCCACCCCUUGGCUAGGGAACUUGACUUUGCCCAUGAUCAGUCUCUCAUUUUAUUUAUUUAUUUCCACCCCCAAAAAAGUCACAUCCCAUUGGAGAAGAACACUGAGGGGGCAGGGAGAGAGCUCUGGGGUCAGGAGGAGGGGAUUCAAUCCAGCUGGGACAGAUGUAGAAACCAAACCUACCCUUUGUCCCACCCACCCCCCAUUCCCUAUCUCAGCCCCUUUCCUAAACCCCCAUCUCUCUCCAGGGUUAUUCCUUUUUUAUGACUGUAAACAUAGAUAGGGCUUUAUUUUGUUAAUAAGAUGAUGAUGAGUAACUUAACCUGUAUAUUUCUCCUGACCUGUUUAUAAUCUGGGGAUUUUUUUUUCCGGUUGGCACAAUAAAAAGAGAACAUUUUGGAUCCUUGCCCUGGCAUAGAGAUGGAAUGGGAAAAAUGAGGGUCAUCCUUGGGGAAAAUCUAAUCCAGGAAUCAUGGGUGACCUGGUGACAGCUAACCAGAAUCUUAAGAUUAAUAG